AUGGAUAUUGAGGAAUUAAAAUUGCAAAUAAGCUCUGUACAGGCUGAGAGAGAAAGGCUAGAAUUACUAUUGUCACAAUAUAUGGGUGAUGCAGUUAUAGCUAAAGAGGAUCGUUGUGUGCAAUCACGAAAGGAAAGAUUGUGGAAACUAGCCAAUGAUUUAUUUAAUGCUUUUUCUUUACCUGAUCCAAAGACACAUGAAUUGUUUAUAAACACACAAGAAUUGACUAGAGAAGGGUUCUCUAAUAUUUUUGAAUGUUAUGAAAAGGGCAUUGCUAGACUUGGUGCAAUUUUGCGCCAAGAUGUUUAUAAAACUGAAGCUCGUGUUACAAAAGGCCGCCGCAAACGAAAUGUAAGAGUACAUAAAUUAGCUAUUUUACCUUCACAAAUGUCACAAAGGCAAAAUAAUCGUACUGAAAACAAUGAAUCACAGCAACAAGAUCAUGAAAACAACAAUUGUAUAAGGCGUCAACGUCGAAUUACAACAAAUAAUGAAAAAGAAGUACUUGAAAGUAUACUUAAUUAUGAUGCUUUUCCUGAGGAUAUAGCCAUUGAAACUUUGCAUAAACUUCAUGAUUUUAGUUCUGAGUGGGACAUGCAACGUAUUCGAACAUAUUGGAAAAAUAAUCGGCAUAACAAGCGAAGAAAAAUAGAUUAA